AUGGAGGAUAAGCAAAAUGAUCAUAAUAUUGUUGGAUAUUGUGAUUCCGACUACGUUGGUGAUUUGGAUAAGCGUCGGUCAACUACUGGCUAUGUUUUUACUCUUGCAAAAGCACCAGUUAAUUGGAGGUCUAUCUUACAGUCAACAGUUGCUUUGUCCAUUAUAGAGGCAGAGUAUAUGGCAGUCAUAGAGGCUGUAAAGGAGGCAAUUUGGCUUCAAGGAUUGAUGAAAGAUUUGGGAAUUGAACAAAAGCACAUUAAGAAUAUAAAUAAGCCUAUGAUUCUCACUGUGAACAUGGUACCAUGUAGAUCUGGUUUGUGUACAACGCCAUUGCAGGUCACUUCUUCCCAGUUGAUUGCAAGUGAGAUCUUUCCUGUAGCUGUAGUGAAGGCCCUUCUCUACCCUGGAGCCGUAGCAAAUGGCCUUGUCAAGAACUUAACUGUUCCAGGAUGGGAUCACCUACUAAACAUAUAUAACUUGACCGAUGUGAAGGAAGCCCCGGCAAUAGCUGAUCUCCAACGCCUGGAGGUUCUUGCAGGAAGCUACUUCGCUGUGGCAGGAGCACUUGUGGGUAUGAUAAAACCAGGGAGGAUGAGCAUGUUUGGGACGCUUUUGAUAAUCUGGGGCCUAGUCAAGGAAGGGAUACUCGGAAAGCCUGCGAACACCGAUCCCACAACAGCUGUUUAUGUCUACCCAACAAUGUUGAUUGCAUUGAUAUGUGCCCUCUCAUCCAUUAAGUAUGAUGUAAAGAAGGCUGUAAGAAGUGCCCCAGCCAGGCCCAUCGCUAAACCUCUGCAGAGCUCAUCAAAAUCAAAGCUGAAAUGAGUUUCGAGAUUGUAUCACUUUUUAUUGCUUUCAUCCACACUUGUAUUGAAAUUUUCAAGAUUAAUGAGUUAGAACUUAGUGUUCUCCUUCCAAAA